GUUUAAACACUGUCAGCUGUAGAGCAUUUUUUUUUUCUGCCAUGGAGUUUCCAGAUUUAGGAGAGCACUGCUCUGAGAAGACCUGCAAACGUUUAGAUUUUCUUCCCAUGAAAUGCGAUGCCUGUCAAGAGAUUUUCUGCAAGGACCACAUAACCUAUGCAAAUCACAAGUGCAUGUCCUCCUACCAAAAGGAUGUCCAGGUUCCAGUCUGUCCUUUAUGCAACAUCCCCAUUCCCAUCAAGAGAGGAGAAAUGCCCGACAUUAAAGUCGGUGAACACAUUGAUAGUGAUUGUAAAUCAGACCCUGCGCAGAGGAAGAGAAAGAUUUUUACCAAUAAAUGUUCUAAAGGAGGCUGUAAGCAGAAGGAAAUGAUGCGUGUGACUUGCGAUCAGUGUCAUUUAAAUUACUGUCUUAAACACCGGCACCCACUAGACCAUGAUUGUAAUACAGAUGUGAAACCUCGGUCCAAAUCCGGACAUGCUGCUGUGUUGAGAGCCCAAGCUGCUUCCUCCUCCUCUGCCUCUGGUUCUAGUUCAUCUGCUUCAGGACACUCUCGACCUGUUUCUAAUGGCAUCAGUACAAAUAGCAGAAGCCACAGCAGUGGCUCUGUCCCGCGGAUCCCUACUUCUGUAUCCGCACAGAAUGUAAUCCCGUCAUCAGCAUCAUUUCAGGCAGGCUUGACGGAGGAGCAGGCUUUACAAAGGGCUCUGGAGAUGUCUCUGGCUGAUUCCAGGCCGACCGUUCAGCCGGCCCUUAGCCCUCAGGAGCAGGAGGAUCUGGCUCUGGCUCAGGCCCUCGCUGCGAGUGAAGAAGAGUUCAGACGUCAGCAGCAGAGACAACAGGUACCCGGAAAGCUUAGCCGUCAGUAGCAUGCUAACAGGAACGCAUGGGAGGGAGUCCAAACAGUCCAACUGCAGCCUUUCUUAAGCCCCGCCCACCUUCUAGACUCCCAAAUUGUGCUCAUAAUUUACUAGAAACAGCACAUCUGGGAUGAAUCUCUCCAGGAUCAAUGAUUGUUCAAUGAAGUUUCAAUUAAGUCUGUGAAGUUUGCUCAGAUAUUACCGCCUUGGACCAUAUAAGCACAUACUCUCCCAGCAGGAUCUGUCAUUUUUAAUGAUUCGCUCUGUACAUAUUUUAUAAGCUUACCAUGAUGACAGCAUUAUAUUAGCAUAUAUGAAUAUUGAAUAAAUUAUUUGAAAGACGCA